AUGGAAGGGAUGGCCGCACAGCGAGAACACCUGGGAACCGUCACGUCACCUUACCCACGCGAAGAAGGUCCUGAGAGAUUGGCAGAGGAAGCAAUCCAACCCAGACACACGCAUUCGCCUCCUGCCAACUCUCGAAGCCGGACAUUGGGAUUAUCUCAUCCAUCGCUACAAACCCAAAGACGAGCGCCUUCCAUAUCCACAGCGACAACUCUUCGAUCCCUACGAAAACGUCUUCACGCCCAUUGGCCUAGUCGAUGA